AUGCAAAACAUCUGGUUGUUUCAAGCCUUGCUUUCCAUAUUGAUCAUCUUCAACCGUCCGAGCUCGGCUGCGAGUUGCCCGACCGGCUGGAAGCUCUACAACCAGUACUGUUACCGUCUUGGCAAGAGCUCUCUCACCGACACUUACGUGAAAGCGGUGAAAUCGUGUCAAUCGGCUGGCGCCAAGCUGGCUUCGAUUCACUCCCUCGCCGAGAACAACUUUGUCUCUAAUCUCGCUUGGUCAAAGAGCUGUACGGUGAACGCGAAACUCUGGCGACCGGGCCAGACGCUCAUCGGCGGAGUCUACGACAGUACGACUAACAAAGUCACUAGAUGGAGUGACGGAACGGCGGUCAACUACACAAAUCUUGCGUCGAAAUUCUGGAUUACAAGCGUUUCAGGCGGUGGCCUUGUGAAAGGCGGUGGAAAUGUCGUCUUUAUGGCCGCCAACGAUUGUGGGGAUAAAUUUUCUCGGCAAUGGCUCUCGAUCGGCCCCAGUCAUGACGGGAUUCCGCAAUUCAGUCAAUGUGAUCUAUGCUCAUUUUGUGACACUGCCAUCAAGUCGUCGUCAAGGGUGAAGUCGUCGAAAAUUCUCCGGAUUGGCUGGAAGCAAGUUCUGAAACUCUCUUUUCAAUUUUAUUUGAUUUUAUUUGAAUACCUUGAUUUCUUAAAAAAUCCAAAAGUCGACAAAAUGCUUUUCUACGGACUCGGAGUGAUGGCCGCCAUAUUUAUCGCCUUUUUCUCGAAGUCUCUAUUUGAGUCGUUUUUUGAU